CCAUGGACACGAGCCACAUGCAGCCCACCAAGCUGACCCGAGUGACCAAAGUGCUCGGUUGGACCAGCUCCCAAGGCCACAGCAUGCAGGUUCAGGUGGAAUUCAUGGAUGACACCAGCCGCUCCAUCAUUCGCAAUGUGGAAGACCCAGUCCGGGAGGGAGAAGCGCUGAUGCUGCUGGAAUCUGAGCGAGAGGCUCGCCGCUUAUGCUGAUCCAUCCCUGC